UUUAAGUAGCAAUAAAGCACAAAUAGAAAUUCAAAUAUAUUUAAAUUCGAUUACAGAAGAAUGGACCAAGAGCACAAAAAAAUUACAUUAGUAAAAUUUAAAAUAACAAAUCUAGAAAAUAAUACAAUAGAAGAAAAUACCACUUCAUUUAUAACAAAUGCUCCAAUUGCACAGCCCGAAGUAGAUGAGCUAUCCAGCAUAUCUCAAAAUAAAGAAGUACCAGAUCCAUCCCCGGAUGAUAGCCCGAAUGCACAAAAUUCAAACGACUCUGAGACUCUCAGUACAAUGCAGAAACUUCUUACACUGCUAGUUUCCUUCUAUAGAACCAUCUUCAUACCAUUUGAUUAUGUAGUCACAACUUUCUGUGCAUUUAUUAUAUGGAGAAGUAAUUUCUGUGUUAUGCCAGAUAGCAUGCUUAAAAAGAAUCUUGAAUUUGCAAGUACUCAUAUAUUUAGAAUAUUUAUUAAUUUAGUAUAUCCAUGGAUUUUAAUUCUCAUUUGCGCAUGCUCAAUGGGGUUCUAUAUGAUUUACAGACACAUUAUAAUUGACCAGGUGCAUGUCGCUGCUAUCUGCGUACCAAUACAUAUGCACUUUGGUGCUGUCUUCUUUAUGAUUGUUAUUCCGCUUGUAUACAGCGAAAUUCCAGGUUUAAGACAAGACGAGAAUAUAGUUAUUCUUCUGUGGAUAGGAAUUGGGUGGAAAGCUCUGAGCAUACUUAUAGGAAUAUUUUACAUGCUAUUUCUGUCCAAUAAAAAGUAUAUAUCCAAAGUGGGCAUACUCCACAUAGCUUGACCAAAGACAAAAAAUCAGCACAUAUUCUUUUGGGUAUACUAUGCAGUUGCUCUGCUUAUAAUAUUCUUGCAUGUUCUAAUAAUUGCAGAUUUUUAUAAGUGGGCCGACUUAAGAGCAAUUGUAAACCAAUCAUAUAGUAUUUAUUCAUAAUGCAUGAUGAUUUAUAGUAUAUGCAAAUUAGUCACAUAUUUCUAAACUAAAAAUAUCCUAUAGGCUACCCGAAUUUCAACUAUAUUAAUAGUUAUUUAAUAGAAUUUUGUCUUGGCUUAAUUUUCUGGAACUAUUUUUUAUUUUUAUAUUUAAUAGUUACUAGAGAAAUAC